AUGACGUUCACCGUUUCCGACGCGUGUUGCCGACGAUUUCUCCAUUUCUUCGAAACGUCGUCUUUUUCCACAUUACGUCUCGACGUUAGGCUGUGCGCGCCAGAGCUGGAUGCGGAGUUUGUGCAUCGGCCCGUCAACACCAUCAAUCCACCCAUUAAUGUUGCCCCGCUGUUCUGUUCAUUCCGCUCGGUCGCGUAUCUCGACUUCUGGCCAUCGAGCAACGCCUUCAUCCGACACUUCCAGGCCAAUUAUCGAUGUAGUCUCGAUGCUGUCACUAUAGAUGACGAGAUACGAAAGAUGAGUGAUCUUAUGCGUUGUCGAGAAUGCCGGAUGGAGCCACUGAUGAAGAAUCUUUGGGACUGUACUAGUUGCACAUCAAUGUGGAAUGGCCAAUGGCUAAAUGCCGCGGGAAAGAGUGAAUCGAGACGAGACGUCUUUCUCAAGAGCUUCCGUCCACAGGGCCCGACGGAUAUUUUGGAGAUGGUCGAUCUGGCUUUUUGUCCCACAAGGCCUCAACAGCGAGGAAUGUUGUACGUGAUAUGCAUCAUAGCCGACAUCAACAAACCAUCAUACCCACACUCCAACGAUGUUCCACUGUUUUUCGGAUCGCUCCAACGACGAAUCGUGACGAUUUAUAAUGGGACCAUGAAUUUUGUUGAUGGGAAGACAGAUGGCAUCCGAAUGCUGAAGGACCGGCUGAAAAAUCGGGGUUAUACAGAUGAAGCCGUCGACUUCCAAUGUUACUUCCAAAUACACGCCGCCAACAAAUCUCUUCUCGGCACCAUCAUCGUCGGCUCGGCACCGGAAUGUCGCCGUUUUUACGUCGUAUUUGUUGAUGAA